CACUUUGUCAAACUCCCACUUUUGAGGAAUCAUCUUUUAAAUUAUUCUUCUUGUAAUUUCUCUAAUGGCCUUAACAGCUCGACCGGUUUUGUGUGAGCUCAAACCACAGACUCAAAAAGCUGAACCGGCAGUUUUCACGCCGGUUCAGAAGCUGAGAGUAUCAGAACCAGGGCAGCUGGAGAAUGGGAAAAUAAUGUUGCAACCGAGGUUGACUACUUUAAGGUCAUUCGGGUCGGAUCCUGUCGGAGUAAUCAAGACCAAGAACGGGUUUCAUGGAGAAGAUGACGAGGUUUCACCCUUUUUCGCAACGUUGUCGGAGUAUAUUGAGAGUUCCAAAAAGAGUCAGGAUUUUGAGAUUAUCUCUGGUCGACUUGCCAUGAUUGUGUUUGCAGCAACAGUGUCAAUGGAAGUAGUGACAGGAAAUUCUGUAUUCAGAAAGACGGAUUUUCAAGGAAUAGCUGAAGCUGCUGGAGUUUCUAUUGGUGCUGUAGCUUGUGCUGCCUUUUUUGCUUGGUUUUCAAGUUCUCGCAGCAAAGUUGGCCGAAUCUUCACAGUUGGUUGCAACACAUUCAUCGAUUCCCUUAUCGAUCAAAUCGUCGAUGGCUUGUUCUAUGACAGCGAGCUCAGUGAUUGGACUGACGAUAUCUAGGUCUCAAAUAUUGAAAAUAAAACACCAUGAAUUGAUGAGAACAUAAUUAAAGAAAGACAAGAAUAAAUAUUGACACAGAAAGUGUUAUAGCUUAUGUAUAUAUAUAGCUUAUUUUAUGGAAGGUUUGAAUCGUACUGUGAUAACCCAAAAGAUCAUCUUAUUUUUUAGAACUCGAUUCCGUA